AUGAAAAUGGCCUUACACAAUAUCAAUAAAACAUUAAUAACUUUAAUUGUGUUAGCAGUAGUAAUAACACCUCAAGUAGCAUCAUCAGAAGAACGAAAACGUCGAGCGGCAGACUUAAACUCUCUGAGCGUCCACCUUGGAUCUGACAGUGACUAUGCUCUGUUUACAUAUGGUGGUGGCGAUACUUUGUCGGUAACAGCCCGGCAUGGGACUCAAAAACCAGUCAACGUUGGUACUAUGAAUGUUCAUUUACUUAGUGUAGCUUCAAUAGGUGGUAGUGCAUAUACUGGUGUCCUUUACACUUGGACAAUGGCAUAUACGCCUGUCGGAACUGGUGGUCUGUGGACCUCACCCGGUGUUGCACAGUCAUCGGUAUCAAUUAGUCUCCGGUCUGGUCAGGCCUUUUCGCUUCAGAAUGUCAGACAUGGUAUAGGUAUUUAUACACAAAAUUCAAGUGGGGCAAGCGUUCUUGUUGGUAAUGCCACAUUACAUCAAGCUUUGUCAGUUUCAAUUACUUUUCACUCAUCAAGUGGUUUAUCUGGUCAGUCAGCAGUUUUAAUCCAAACAAACGCUCUCACGGUAGCUGAGUCGGCUGUUGCAUCAUCUAUUGGUGAUUUCGAUGGAGGAGACAUAUUCGGGGGUGGUUUGUCUGACGGAGGUUCAUCCGGUGGUGGUUUGCCGGGUUUUCCUGGGUUUAGAUGA